AUGAUACGAUCGCUGAACAAAGAGGUAGACCCUGCUUCGGUCUUAGCCCAAAUAGAAGCCACUCCACCACCUCCUGCCUCCAUGCAACAAAUCCAUUCUAUUCCACCGUCCACCAGCGAUCCUGAAAUCUCGGAAACAAAUAGUGAGGGGACAUUGGAGUUAAACGAGGCUGAGAGGGAGGGGGAAAUGAGAAUAGUUGAAGCAGUGGAGCAGGGAGAAGAGGUCGACCAACAUCGUGUAACUGCUGAUAGAGAGAAGGAAGAAACUAAGAUGAACACUGAGGAACAUGGUGCUGAGGGUGUUGCUACUAUGGAAGCAGAACAAACAUUGCUUACUACAGAGGAGGUAGAGAGGAAACUGGCUUUAACUAUGUCUGAAGCCAAAAGAAUGGAAUUGGAUGUUGAUGCACAGGAUUUUGAGAGAGGUAUGGAGAUGAAUAAGGAGGAGAACCCUACUGAGAGGGUGGAAACAAGCCCCGCUGAGGGCAUUGCAACAAGCAUAACUGCACUGGAUCGUAGGGAGGUGGUGAUUGUGACGGAUGAAGAGGAUAAUACUGAAAAGGUGCUUCCCGGUGAUGAGGCUGCUCGACCAAAGGCUGCUGCCGUCCUGACUUAUCAGCGGAGGCCAGCCAGAGAAGAGACCUCGGGAAAGAGGUGUGAAGGGGAACAACUGAGGGAAACCCCUAGACAGAGAAUAAGGGAAAAUGUGGAUAGCCCAGCAAGAAGUGCGGCUGGAGCCUCACAACAUAGAAUGAGACUCCUGAUUGAUGAAGAACCGGAAGAGAAAGAUGAUGUCAUUUUCGCACCUACGGACGCGCAGCCUAGCUCUGAGAAGCCAGAACCGCUUGCCGAGGUAGAGGAAAAUGAAAGAGAAAGGAGAAAGCGGAAGAUAAAGGGGAAAGCCAUCGCUAUCCCAGUGAAAAAGAAGGGGCGGAGGCCAGCCAGAGAAGAGACCUCGGGAAAGAGGUCUGAAGGGGAACAACCGAGGGAAACCCCUAGACAGAGAGUAAGUGAAAAUGUGGAUAGCCCAGUAAGAAGUGCGGUUGGAGCCUCACAUCAUAGAAGGAGACUCCUGAUUGAUGAAGAACCGGAAGAGGAAGAUGAUGUCAUCUUCACACCUACGGACGUGCAGCCUAGCUCUGGGGAGUCAGAACCGCUUGCCGAGGUAGAGGAAAGUGAAAGAGAAAGCAGAGAGCGGAAGAUAAAGGGGAAAGCCAUCGCUAUCCCCAUGAAAAAGAAGCCAAGGCAGGCCUCAUCAACCUUGGUGAUUCGAGAAGAAAGGCAGGAGGCCGACGAAGAUGAGGCGCUGAGGUUGGUGCGCAGCUCUAAGCGAAGGCAUUAUGGGGUGAGGAGUGCGACUGAGCGGGGACCUGAGAUGACCGGAGUACAUUUCGAGAGGAUGCAUGUCCGUCUGGACAACAAUUUGUUAGGACGAAUGAUCACAUUCGACGAUCCCCAAACAACAAAGGAGUGUGCAGCAAGGGUAGAGUCGAGCAAGAAAGCAAGGUCUGGAAGGCAGCUGCACCAACUCGCCCUGGAGAAGCUACAAGGAGUAGGAGAAUUCAUGUAG